GUUAAAUUAUUAAAUUCUACUAAAAAUUUUGAUCUAAUUCUAGGCCUAUCUUUGACUUGGAUAUCAUGCUCUCGUCAAUUGUCAUAGUCUCAACAACUUAUCAGUACUCCAUUACAAUUUUGUCUGGAAAUAAUUUUAGGGUUGAAUGUAUAAUCUCCAAUAAAAACCAUUAACAAAUCAUGCUGAGCGGGGGGUUGAUUUUUUUUGACCAAACUAAGGUUUUUUUAUUUGUUUUCUUUAGGUGGUUCAAAAAAACCACCAUAUCAUUACUCCAACUCUAAGGGGACUUAGAUGCUGUUUCCCAAUCUGUAUUAUAUGGUCUUCAUUCUUCUUGCCUUAUACUAGUGGAGUAUUUUGGCAAAUCACCAUAAUACUUGCAUUUUUUCUUCUUAAUUUUGCAAGUUAUGGAUGAUGAUGAACUACAACAGCUCCAUGUAGUUUUCUUCCCAUUCAUGGCAUACGGCCACAUGAUCCCCACCUUAGACAUCGCGAGACUCUUUGCAGCUCGCGGUGUCAAGACAACCAUCAUCACAACCCCUGUCAGCUUACCAAUUGUCACUCAAGCCAUCGAAAAGGCCAAAAAACACGGCUCGCCAGCAAUUCACACUGAGAUCUUCAGCUUCCCAUCAGCAGAAAACGGUUUGCCUGAUGGGUGUGAGACUGUAAACCAAGCCAUAAAGUAUAACAUGAUCCCCAAGUUUAUGCAGGCAGUUGAGAUGCUAAACACACAGCUUGAGCAGUACUUGGAGAAAACCCGACCCCAUUGUCUUGUGUCUGAUAUGUUUUUACCAUGGACAACUGAUUGUGCAGCAAGGUUUAAUGUCCCUAGGUUGGUGUUCCAUGGGACUAGCUACUUUGCUCUUUGUGCUGAGGAAAUUGUUCGGGUUUAUAAGCCUUAUAAAAACGUCUCUGAUGAAGAAACGUUCAUACUUCCGUCUCUUCCACAUGAAGUUAAGAUGACAAAAUCACAAUUUUCAGAGGAUUUUAUGAAAGAAGAGCUAAAUGAAUCGAAAAAGGAAUUCGAACAGAUCAAAGAAUCGGAGAUUAAGAGUUAUGGAGUGGUUGUUAAUAGUUUUUAUGAAUUGGAACGCGAUUAUGCCAAAUUUUUCGGUAAAGAAUUGGGAAGGAGAGCAUGGCAUAUUGGUCCUGUUUCACUUUGCAAUAGAAGCAUUGAAGAUAAGGCAAAAAGAGGGAUAUUAGAAGCAUUGAAAGAUGAACACGAGUGCUUAAAAUGGCUUAACUCGAAGAAGAAAAACUCGGUUGUUUACAUUUGUUUUGGGAGCAUGGCUCAAAUCAAUGCAUCUCAAAUGCUUGAAAUUGCAAUGGGUUUAGAAGCUUCUCAACAAGAUUUUAUUUGGGUUGUCAAGAAUGAUAGACAAAGUGAAGAAGAGUUAUUGCCACAAGGAUUUGAACAAAGAAUGGAAGAUAAAGGCCUAAUAAUAAGAGGAUGGGUUCCACAAUUGUUAUUGUUGGAGCAUGAAGCUAUAGGAGCUUUACUGACUCAUUGUGGAUGGAACUCGACUUUAGAAGGAAUCUCAACAGGUCUACCGAUGGUAACAUGGCCGGCUGCAACCGAGCAAUUCUACAAUGAAAAAUUGGUGACCGAGAUUUUGAAGAUCGGAGUUCCAGUUGGGGCUAAGAAGUGGAAUGUAGUUCCAUAUAAUGUAGACUAUUUGGUGAGAAGGGAUGCAAUAGAGAAGGCAUUAAGAGAAGUAAUGGAAGGAGAUGAGGCUCAGGAAAGGAGAAACAGGGCAAUGAAGUUAAAGGAAAUGGCAUACAAAGCUGUUGAAGUGGAUGGUUCUUCAUAUAUUGAUUUAGGUGUAUUAAUCAAUGAAUUGAGGAAUAACAUGCUUAACUAAUCCAUGAUUUAUCUAAUAAAGCUUACUUUGUAACAUGUCUAAGAUUAGUUCUUUCACAUACUGUAUUAAUUGCUAUUAAUUUUGUAACAAAAUGUAAAAUUA